AACGUGUAUAUAUGCAUUGAUUUGCAAAUCAUCUCCGCCGAAAGCAUAUUCUCUCAAAAAGUAUGAGAUUCAAUCGCUUGAAACGCGAGUCAAGUGAAAAGGAAGAAAAGUUUGAGGCGUGGUUUCUUGACUGUGUCGCCAUGGAAGCUCUUUGUUGCAAUCCUUUUGCCAGCGUGUUAACUCGUUAAAGAUACCGCCUUCACAAAUAGCCCCAUCAUAGAGAGCCAUGUAAGCAUCCAAAAACUAUUAAGCCGAAGAGUUGAUGUUCUCCAUUCUCUUAGACCCUUCCUCGCCUCCUUCACUUCAAUUUCCCUCUCCGUAUUAAGACCCUCUUCUUCUCGUUCCCAAUUCAUCCCUUACGCAUGGCUAAACCUCAAGCAACCUUCAUGAGCCCCAUCGACUCGCCAAGAAUGUCCCAUGAACAAGAAGGAUAUGAUCACCUUGAUGAUUAUGAAGAAGAGGCAUAUUCAGCUAACGGUUGCUGUUGUUUUCGACUAUUCACGUUCAACUUGAGGCGGAACAAUGAACGGGAAUAUGAUAUUUUGAACGAGAAUGGUGACCAUAGAGAUCCAUGGUUGGUGAGGAAACUGAAGAAAGUAAAAGAGGCUUCAGAGAUAGCGGCAGGGCCAAAGUGGAAGACAUUCAUUAGAAAGAUUGGUGCGUAUAUCAAGAAGAGGAAACAGAGGAAUAAUCAGGCUCAGUAUGAUGCUGAAAGCUAUGCUCUCAACUUUGAUAGGGAAGAACAUGGCUGUUUGAUUCCUGGUUUCUCUUCGAAGUUUGCUGCUGCUUCUGUAGAUCAAGAAACUCGUCGAAACGAGUUGUGAAUAAAUUCAUCAUUUUUUUUUUUAAUUCUUGGAUUGAGAAUAUCUUUUAAUGGUUGACCUUUUGUUUUUUAACAAAA